AUGUGCUGGCCACCCGCACGGGGGACGCUGUCACCUCGCAGCCCUCGCGUCCCGGUGUCCCAGCAGCCAGCAGCAGAAUCCUCUCUCCAAGCCUGCCUUGGGGAGCAGCAGGCUCUGGGAUGGGUUACACUGCGUGCACAUCCCUCCUUGGACUGCGAUGCUUCCAAUCUUCAUCGUAUUGACAGCAACGGGAGCGCUUCUAAGACUCUCAGCACACAACGAAAAAAGGUGGUUAGAUAUUGGAAUGGGCUGCCCGGGAAGCGGUGGUCACCAUCCCUGGAGGUGUUUAAAGGAAAGACUGGACGCGGCACUCAGAGCUACGGUGUGGUUGACCCGGUGGCGUCUGGUCACAGGCCGGACUCUCAGUCUGUGAAGGCCAGCACCCGUGGGAGCCCCUUGCUCGGCCUCCCGCGGGCAGACAGCGGCAGGAGCGCGGAGAGGCGGCAGACGCCGCCGCUGUGCGCCAGGGGGACAAUACACCUGUUCCGCAAAUCACAGAGAUCAUUGGUGGGAAAGCUAACACAUGAAUUUAGGCUGGUUGCAGCAGACAGAAGGUCCUGGAAGAUUUUACUGUUUGGUGCUAUAAAUUUAGUAUGUAUUGGCUUCCUGCUCAUGUGGUGCAGCUCUACAAACAGCAUAGCUUUAACUGCUUACACGUAUUUGACAAUCUUUGACCUUUUCAGUUUGGUAACAUGUCUAAUAAGCUACUGGGUAAUGAUGAAGAAACCCAGCCCAGUCUAUUCAUUUGGGUUUGAAAGGUUUGAAGUUCUAGCUGUAUUUGCAUCUACAGUUCUGGCACAGCUUGGUGCUCUUUUUAUACUGAAAGAAAGUGCAGAGCGGUUUCUGGAACAGCCCGAGAUACACACGGGACGACUGCUGGUUGGUACUUUCGUGGCUCUCUUUUUCAACUUAUUUACAAUGCUUUCCAUUAAGAAUAAGCCUUUUGCUUAUGUCUCUGAAGCUGCCAGCACAAGUUGGCUUCAGGAACACGUUGCAGAUCUUAGUAGAAGUAUUUGUGGAAUCAUCCCAGGAUUGAGUAGCAUCUUUCUGCCACGGAUGAAUCCUUUUGUCUUGAUUGAUAUUGCUGGAGCUCUGGCUCUUUGCAUUACCUAUAUGCUCAUUGAAAUCAACAAUUAUUUUGCUGUGGACACAGCGUCUGCUAUAGCAAUUGCUUUGAUGACAUUUGGUACCAUGUAUCCCAUGAGUGUCUACAGUGGGAAGGUACUACUCCAGACAACCCCACCUCAUGUGAUUGGCCAGUUAGAUAAACUUCUUAGAGAGGUUUCAACUUUGGAUGGUGUGUUGGAAGUUCGAAAUGAGCAUUUCUGGACAUUAGGCUUUGGCACUUUGGCUGGAUCAGUCCAUGUCCGAAUUCGGAGAGAUGCAAAUGAGCAAAUGGUGCUUGCCCAUGUCACUAACAGAUUGUACACAUUGGUCUCUACCUUGACUGUUCAGAUUUUCAAAGAUGACUGGAUCAGACCUACCUUAUCAUCUGUGCCUAUUGCAAACAAUAUUCUGAACCUUUCGGAUCAUCACAUUAUUCCAAUGCCGUCUUUGAAAGCUGCUGACAAUUUGAACCCUGUUACCUCCACUCCAGCUAAGCCCAGCAGCCCACCACCAGAAUUUGCUUUUAACACACCAGGCAAAAAUGUGAGUCCAGUUAUCCUUUUAAACACUCAGACAAAGCCCUAUGGAUUGGGCAUUAAUCAUGGAUCUGCACCCUACAGCAGUGUACUCAAUCAAGGACUUGGAAUACCGGGCAUGGGAGCAGCUCAAGGAUUCAGAACUGGUUUUGCAAAUGUCCCAAGCAGAUAUGGAACAAACGCACGUGGUCAGCCCCGACCGUAAUAAACACCAUUAUUUAUUAUACUUAAGGGUAUUGACUUAAUUCUUUUAUUACCCAAUUUUUAUAAACAUUUGGAAUGUCAAAUCAUUCUAAAUGGCUGGGAGCAAGUGCAUUGUUCAUACUCAUGAAGUGGUUAAAUAGCAGUUUUUUCCUUUCCAUCAGAAGUAGCCUGUGUAAUGCCACAGAUAUUUUGCUGACUUACAAUACUUUUCAAGUAGUUUUUAUAGGGUGUCUAUUUCUACUCAUCUUUUUUAUCCACUUUUCUUCAUGUAUCCAAGAAUGUAUUGAGAUGCAGCACAACUCCAUAAGAGAAUAAAAUUGUGACCAGGUAGCAUUUUUUUUCUUAUGAGUAUUAUUGGAUGCUGAAUAGCUGAGAGAAUAGGAAAUUGCAGAAAUACAAGUCCCAAUUUUCAGACAUGUUUGAUUGCUGUAUUAAGCCAUGUUUUGGCCAAGUCACAUUAGUUUUUGGUUGCAAAAAUCCAUCAAUAUUCAUGGUGUCACCAUUGUGGCAUCUGGCAUUUCAGAUUGUAACUGAUUCAAUGAGACCGUGUUUUUACAUUUUUAUUGAUGCUUUUAUAGAAAUUCAGAUGGUUCAGCAACCAUUUUCUAGUUGUAAGUAUUCCAUACACAUCUCUGAUAUUUCUUACUUUUUGGUUUAACUGCAAAGUUAUUUAGCAAUAUACUGGGAAAUAAAAUACUUAAAACUUAAGGUUUUACAAGCACCUCUUUUUUACUGUUAACCCUAUUUAGGAUACAGAACAGAUGGCUAUUGUUUCUGAAGCCAGCAUUUCAUUUUUGACUAUGGAGAGUAUUCUGUGAUUUGAUUGUGACUUUGUAUUUUCCUCUUUGUAUUUUUUUGGUAUUUCCAGGGGGAAAAGUAAUUUAUAUUCUUGGUUUAUACCCAGAGUACAGGUCAGUGAUCGCUGGGAGUUCAUGGUCACUGCUGGAGUGCUUAACCUUUGGGGCACACUUGGAAUGAGACCACUUAACUUGUCUCUGCAUUGCAUUACUGUCCUACUGUACAUUGAGGUGUCUGCAUUUCUCCAGGGCCUUUCUCAGAGAGCUCUUCCCUCUCAUUGCUGUCUUUCCCUUCUCUGCUCUGACUACAGGGAAAGGCAUUUUAGAAAUACUGCACAGGGGAGCAGAAAAAAAAAAAAAGUAUCUAUGUUACAAUUGGUCCUCUGCACAUUCUUCUGCAUCUCUUGGCCAUCUAGGGAUGGGUUGCCCAUUCCUGUUGUUCCACUUGCAACUCAGGGUGCUAUAUAUUGGCUUCCACCUUGUUCAUCUGUGUGCUAAGUCAGUCUCUCCACUUUUAUGAGGUAGUUACAUGGAGCUGUAGUAUCUCAGGGAUUCCAAAGAUACUAUGUUACCUGGAGAUAAUUGCUAUGAUGAAGAAAUCUUUCUCAUGUAGUUCUGAGUGGAGAAAACAGCCUUCGUUUGAAUUUUAAAGAUCUGUGGCCUCUUCACUGGCUGAGGAUUAAUUUUUCUGUGUAAGAACACUGCAUUCCUCCUUUUUCCUUUAUUUUUCCCCCCUCCAUGACCUGUGUUUCUUGAGCCAGCGCUUGGAGGAGGGAGUCAUUCUUGCAAAAGCAAGGUGACAUUCUGCAUGAUGGAGAUCUAACUUUUGGGGAUGUUUUAGGCUGAGGGCAGUGUCAAGACUGCCACUGGGACACUGUCCAUGUAAGCUACAAGUAGGGAAUCUGGUUCUGUACUUCAUUUGCAGCGAGAGUGAAAAUUUCCUUGCUCUGUUAGAAAAUGUAAUAACCUGGCAAACUUUCAUUUAAAGAUUGCAAUGAAGUUACAACAAUUGGCUCUGUUUCUAUGAGGUCAGUAUUGACUCAGUAAUCACCUCUGGUCCAUUAUCCUGUCUUUCUGUGAGUCUAUUACAUGUGCCAUUGCUGCAUGGAAAUUCACUGAAGUACAGAACACUUGAACAGAUUCUCUGUACCUCUUGGGUGCUGAACCAGGCUGCACUUUCUACAGCAUCUGCAACACCUUAGAGCCAGCAGAAUGUUUACAAUACACUACUUUUGUGUGGCCUGGUUAAUAAUUGUUCCUUACUCCACUUUCAUAAUCAAACACAUGCCCUUUUUCUGAUAUAUUCAAU